UGAUGCACAUUAACCUGUCACACACUUUUCUACACAUUUAAUGCACAUAAAAUAUUUCCCAUUAUAUACAACUAGAGCUCUUAAUGUGAUAUACCAAAACAUCUGUGGAUAUCUUGAAGAGCUCUGCUGUAAAAUCCUUUUACAUAAUUUACACAACAAUCUCACAUUUCUCCCUUUUUUUUUCUUACAUCCCACAUUUUAAAUGACUUUUUCUUCUUCUCAGUUAUAUUCCUGCUAAAUGGCUUCUACUGUUUAUCUUUCCAUAUUGCAUAUUUAUAUGUCCUUCUUUGAUAAUAUUGUUAAUUAUAUUUUCAUUGAUACGGGCCCUUAUCUUGUAUUUGCUCUGCAAAGAAAACUUGAACUCACAUUAAAUAACCUGCAGUCAACGCACUGAAAUACACAAAAUAUGCACAAAUGCAUUAAUAUGCAAAUAUGCACAAAACAUGCCCUCAUCCAUAACAAUGGUGCAUCGUAUUUUUUCAUGAUGCACGUCACAGUUCUUAUAUUUUCACUGUUAAUUCGGGAAGAGAGGACUAUUUUUAGCCUCCCUGCACGACCAUUAUCUCUCUAACGUUUUUUUUUUCCUGUUAAAUCUCUGUGUGAAAUGAACACUUGACUCUGCAAUAAAAUAUAUGAGGGGAAGAGAUGCGGGAAAGACCAAAUUGUUGCUAUAUUGGAGCAUCCACCGGUGCAGCUGGUCUAUUUUUAGCCGGGAACUACAUCAGCUCUGACUGCAGACACUGUGAAGGGAAAUCACCAGCGCUGUUUUUUGCUGCUGUCUUCACCAAACCGCUGAAGCAAAUUAAAACCGGGAAGGACAGUGGGACAUGAUGUUUACUGUUUAUGUGUUGGACAGAGAGAGAGAGAAAGAGCUGUGCGUCUCAGAGGCGAAAGAAAGAGAGAAAGUCACCCAGGGAAAAAAAAAAUCAAAUUAUUUUUUUGUGAUGAGGGCUGUUCUCUGAGCCUCGUGGUGAGAUGUUUUGAUUAUCAUCAUACGCAAGCGUGAUCCUUCCUAUGAGUCCUGUUGGAGCGCAGGAUCACCGGCAACCCUGUCUGAGGCGCAGCAGGAGGUCCAACUCCUCCUGAGAGGAGGGAGAGAGGGGGAGAGAGAGAGAGACAGAGAGAGAGAGAGAGAGAGAGAGAGGCGUGCUGCACAUUGGUCGGGCUACUUUUCUGACGACACACCAACAAUCGUCAACCUGUAGGGCGCGCGCGGUGCUCUGCUGUCUCCACUGCCACCCUCUCCCCUCUGACACCGAGCCCGAUCCUCGGACAUCCAGGGACGCAUGAACUGGGAGAGGGUGCCGGUUCGAUCCCCGUGCGGAGAGGAGAGGUACCGGAAAGUUGAGAGGUCGUGCGCCAUCCCCGCUUCAUGAAUGGCCGGAACAUGGAGGAGAUGCCAUUCGAAAGAGUCAAGACCCGGCGGAGGAAGGGUCACUGCCCAGCCGGUGCACCCCUGGGCGCCAUCGCCUGUGAGGACGAGUUCAACAGCCACGAACUGGAGGCUCUCUUCCAGAACUACAACCUGAAGCUGGAGCAGACCGCCACCCUCAAAGCGCUGGCGGUGCUCAUCGUGGCCGCGUCGUCGCUGUCCCUGGUGGAGCUGCUGUCCAACCCGCGUCUCACCUUGUCCAAGGGCUCCUACCCGGUUCACUGCGUGGUGUUCCUGUCGCUGUUUAUCGUCACCAACGUCAAAUACCUGCAGGUGACGCAGCUGCAGCAAAUAGCGAAGCUGGCCCUGCUGUUCAGCUUCACCUUUGCGCUGCUCUGCUGCCCGUUUCCACUGGCGCUCGGUACGUCGGAGCUGGUGAACGCCGCUGCCCCUGAGCAAGGCGUGUGGCAGCUCAUGCUGGUCACCCUCGUGGCUUACGUGCUGCUGCCGGUGCGGACUCUGCUGGCCGUGCUGUUCGGGGUGAUGCUGGCUGCAUCCCACUUCAUUGUCAUAGCGACGUCGGUCACUGGAAGGAGACAGAAGCUGUGGAGACCGCUGGUGGCCAAUGCGGUGCUGUUCACCAGCGUCAACUUGUCGGGGGUGUUUGUGAGGAUUCUCACCGAGCGCACCCAGAGGAAAGUCUUCCUGCAAGCCCGCAACUGCAUCGAGGAGAGGUUGAGGCUGGAGGAUGAAAAUGAGAAGCAGGAGCGUCUGCUAAUGAGCCUACUGCCCAGGAAUGUUGCCAUGGAGAUGAAGGAGGACUUCCUGAAGCCGCCUGAGAGGAUCUUUCACAAGAUCUACAUCCAACGUCAUGACAAUGUCAGCAUCCUGUUUGCAGACAUCGUGGGUUUCACCAGCUUGGCAUCUCAGUGUACCGCUCAGGAACUCGUCAAGCUGCUCAACGAACUCUUUGGGAAGUUUGAUGAACUGGCAACAGAGAAUCACUGCAGGAGAAUAAAGAUCCUGGGGGACUGUUACUACUGCGUGUCAGGAUUGACCCAACCCAAGGCGGACCACGCCCACUGCUGCGUGGAGAUGGGCCUGGACAUGAUUGACACGAUCGCGUCGGUGGUGGAGGCGACGGAGGUGGAUCUGAACAUGCGUGUUGGCCUGCACACAGGACGGGUGCUGUGCGGUGUGCUGGGCCUGAGGAAAUGGCAGUAUGACGUCUGGUCAAACGAUGUCACACUGGCAAAUGUGAUGGAGGCCGGAGGGCUGCCUGGCAAGGUGCACAUCACAAGGACCACCCUGGAGUGUUUGAAUGGAGACUACGAGGUGGAGCCGGGAUUCGGCCAUGAGAGACAUGCUUUCCUUCAGAAACAUCACAUAGAGACAUUUUUCAUCGUGCCAUCGCACAGACGCAAAAUCUUUCCUGGUUUGAUUCUGUCAGACAUUAAACCAGCCAAGAGGAUGAAGUUCAAGACGGUGUGCUACCUGCUGGUGCAGCUCAUGCACUGUAGGAAGAUGUUCAAAGCUGAGAUCCCUUUCUCCAAUGUCAUGACCUGCGAGGACGACGACAAGCGGAGAGCCCUGCGGACUGCGUCAGAGAAGCUGAGGAGUCGCACGUCCUUCUCGACCACCGCCGUGCAGCACUCACCAGGAACACGAGUCAACCGCUACAUCGGGCGGCUCAUCGAAGCGCGACAGACCGAAUCUGAGACAUCAGACCUCAACUACAUCACCCUGUUCUACAGGAACAGAGACAGGGAACGCAGGUAUCACCAGGUGUAUGACGACCAUUUCAUCAGCGCAGUGGUUCUCUCUCUGAUUCUCACUGCUCUGUUUGGCCUUAUCUAUCUGCUAAUGAUCCCACAGGGGAUGCUGGUGCUGCUGCUGCUGGUGCUGUGUGUGUGUUUCCAUGUGGCCUGUGUCAUGUACCUGCACCUCACCAGUGUUCAGUGCCAACCAGGCUGUCUCACCAUCCAGAUCCGAACCGUGCUGUGUGUCUUCCUCGUCCUGCUCACCUACUCUGUUACCCAGGCCUGUGUGGUUUGUUGUUUAUAUCCACUCCUCCAGGUGGGAUGCGUUCCUUGGGGGAGAAUCGGGACAAACUCCAGCCUCUCUGUGGAGGACGUCGCUGCAGACGUGCUCGGGGUCGGACCCGACAACAGCACGGCCGCAGACAGAGCUGGUCCCAACAUGGGUUACGCCCUGCUGUCCUGUGUGGCCGGCACACUCACCAUCGUCCCUUACCUCCGAGUCUCCUCGCUCCCCAAGAUCCUCCUGCUCCUCCUCCUCUCUGUUACCUACACCGUCGUCAUGGAGACCAGCGGCUAUCGGCAAGCUGUGGGAGGUGGUUUUCUACACACUCGGGGAUAUGAUCCUGUGUUGGCUGUCUUGCUGUUUUGUGGAGCUCUGACUCUGCAUUCAAGACAACUAGACCUGAAGCUGCGGCUUGACUACCUGUGGGCUACUCAGGCAGAGGAGGAGAGAGACGACAUGGAGAAGGUGAAGCUGGACAACAAGAGGAUCCUGUUCAACCUGCUGCCAGCUCAUGUGGCUCAACACUUCCUCAUGUCAAAUCCCAGGAACAUGGACCUGUACUACCAGUCCUAUGCUCAGGUUGGAGUGCUGUUCGCCUCCAUUGCCAACUUCAACGACUUCUACAUUGAGCUGGAUGGGAACAACAUGGGAGUUGAGUGUCUGAGGCUGCUCAAUGAGAUCAUCGCUGACUUUGAUGAGCUGAUGGAUAAAGACUGCUACAGGGAUAUCGAAAAAAUCAAGACUAUUGGCAGCACGUACAUGGCUGCGGUAGGGCUGGUUCCUACAACUGGCUCCAAGGCAAAGAAGUCCAUCACCUCACAUUUAUGCACAGUGUCAGAUUUUGCCAUUGAGAUGUUUGAUGUCCUGGAUGCCAUCAAUUACCAGUCUUACAAUGACUUUGUCCUGAGAGUAGGUAUCAAUGUGGGACCAGUUGUGGCAGGAGUGAUUGGAGCCAGAAGGCCUCAGUAUGAUAUCUGGGGAAACACAGUGAACGUAGCCAGCAGGAUGGACAGCACUGGAGUACAAGGAAAAAUACAGGUGACGGAGGACGUCCAUCGCCUCAUCACAAACUACUACAACUUUGUGUGCCGCGGCCAGGUCAGCGUGAAGGGCAAAGGUCAGAUGCUGACUUACUUCCUGGAAGGACGCAGGCAAGGCGUCAGGCCGUCUCAAACCCAGCAGCAGCCCGGCAAUGCCGCGCACCGCUGCAGCGCGUUCACCCAUGGCAGCGUGUGCACCAGGUUAAGCCCCGCCCCGACAGUGACCACCUACGCCACGAUCAGGACCCCGAGCCCGAGCAUGGCUAAACCAACCACCUCCACCAGCACCACCAGGUACCUGCCCUCUGUCCCCACUGCAAUGGUGUGACGCACCCUGUCUCCAUGGUGACCGUGGAAAACAUCGAAGGCAAGAAAAUAAGAGUGGAGCUGGGGAAAUUACAAGGAUGGCAACAAGACAGCAGUAGCAGAGAGAGCUUAUUUAAAGAGGGAAAAGUUGAGUUGUUCUCCAGUCUUCUUCUACUUUCUCAGAGAGGCUGAGAGACACUGAUCGUCCAAUGGGAGGCCUGGACUCGGGCCUGGGCUGCGUUUAGGACUGAGGUGGUCUCGAUCGGACUCUCCCUCCACACUCGAGGAGCCCUGUUUGUUGUUUCACACCGCAGGGUGUCACGGACAGGAUACAGGAUGCUUUAGCCACGUUGCUCUGUAAUCAAUCAAAGGCCAAGGAUGUCUCCAGGAUUUCAGAGUAGACUCCCAAAACUGUUUCCAUAACUAUAAUAAACUAAAUCAGCAUAAAAAAAACAACAUAAUGCACAAUUGAUAGUGUAGCACACAUGCCUCUCGCAACCACCACAUCUGGAAAAUACAACUUUAACUGACCCUUUUCUCUCAGUAUAAAACCAAAUCAGUGCUGUUGCCUUAGCGACCACUCCUCAGAAUGAGUUUCCUGCCAUUUUAUGUUGCCUUUUUAAAUCCUUUAUUGAUUUACUGGAGACCAAUUCAGAUCAUGUAAUUACACGGGCAUCAUCGUUGUCCAACAGAUAUCUGUUUUUAAAAGUGGAUGAAGCCAAAUGUGUGAUUGUAAGUGGCAGUUAUGGUAUAAACUUGCCAAAAUACAACAGGGCAUUGCCUUCAAUCAUUUUUGGGUCAGUGAUACCGUACAUUUAAGGCACGGGCCCCUUCACUCUAAACCUCUGAUAGCACAUGAGGUAAACUCUUGAUUCGCCUGGGCCGAGCUGCUCAGUGUCUUUAAGUGCAUGAUGCCACUGCUGCAUUUCAGUCAUGUUUGCUGUCUGUUUCCCUGUGAUGCUUGACUUCCAGAUUCUUCCUCGUCAAAGUGUAGCAAUAAAGCGGUUUGUCUCCUCUCUCGGCCUCUUCACCCCUUGCAUGCUGUAGCCAGCUGGAUCCUAUUUUGACCUGAUAGUGUAUGUAGCCAAUAGAGUGUGCAUAGCCAGCCACACAAGUCUGUAUCUCUGUGGAAUUGAAGCAUGACUUAGAAAAACUUAUUUUCUGUAUUGUGCGAGUGUGAUUCAUUUCUCACUGAAUUAUAUAUAAAAAAAGUUUUUUUUCUGCGUGUUUGUUUAUUAAGAAAUAUUUUCUAUUGUUAAAAUAUUCAGUUCUACUAUUUUUAUGAACUAAAAGCUGCUUUGGUAGAGAAAAUAAAACUGCUGUUUAUGAGGAGACACACAAACCUCCGUGUCUGGCUUCCUCAUACAAAUCCAGAUGAUUUAUUUCAUGGUAUAGCAUGCUACUCACAGCACGGCUUACCACAGCCAUGAACUCUCCUCUAAUCUGUUCUAGCAUGCACUGCCUGCAAGCCUGUGGCUCUUACAUGCAUGCUUUGAUGAAACAUUAAUACAGCCCAAGCAUUGGACACACAGUGACUCUGUUUUAAUGUAGUCCUCAUGCAUGCGCUAAAGGUAGCGGUCCUCUUGAAUGUAAGGUGCUUUUUUGACCCGUGUCUUCUUCAUGAGCUUGGUGUGGGAACCUUUUUGAGGACAUUUCAGGACAGCUUGACAUCAGGCCGGGGGUUCCUCCUCCUUCCUGCUCCUGCUGUAGUCAACAGGUAGCUGUUUUUUUAAACGUGCCAACCUAUUUUCAUAAACAUAUCAAACUUUUUUGGUGUUGAGCUGUAGCACAACCGAAUGUGUGGCUACGGUUAUUGUGGAUUUCCUUUGUUGAAUGCCUGUAUUUUUACUGUUUGAGCUGUUUUCUUUAACAGUUUUGUAACUCAAAUGGUGGUAAGUGUUGAUUUCGGAGAGAUUUAUUUGGACAUCAUAACCUGACUGAAAUGAUGUUGUUGUACUUCUUAUCAUAUUUAAAAUAGAUUUAAAGUCUAUACAGUAGCUUGAAUGCUUACUUUAUGUUUCUAAGAGGUUCAAAAUGAGGAUUUUUAUACACUUGCUUUAAACCGUUGAUGGAAAGUUGAUGGAAAGGAGUUAUGUACAAUAUUUUUCCUGUAAAUUUGAUAUUUUCAUACUGUAUGAUACGGGUUUCAAUUGUUAUAUGUAGGUAUUACUAGCUAUUAUUGUACAUUGUAGAGUCUUUUUCAGAGCUAUAUUAUGAAUUAUCCAAUAUUUGUCAAGUUCUUUUGUUGAAGAUGUAUUUAUUGAGAUGUUUUAUGUGAAUGUAAAUUUUGUUAAAGAUGAUAUUUUAUACUAAGUGUUUGCACUGCAAUGAUAUUGACGUAUUAUGAUUAUAAAAAUAAAGCCAGCAGGGACGUUUCUC